AUGAACGGCGCUCAAUUUUUGGCGCUCAUUGCUGUGGCAGCCAUCGAAACACAGUACAAUCAUCAAAAUUCUCUUCUUGGUGCGAAGCGAAGGCAAUUCUCUGAACAGUUUAUUGUUGACUGUGACACGGCGGAUUGGGGCUGCGGUGGUGGAUUUCCUCAAAGUGCGAUGAGAUAUGUGAAGAAAUUGGGUCUCGUUUCUCGAGCGAGCUAUCCAUACAGAAGUGGGCAAACAGGGAGACGAACAAAGUGUUUGGCAAGAAAAUUUAAGGUUACAAAACGAUUCCGUCCUCUGAAAAAUGUCAAAAUGUUAUCGGGAAAUAUUCCCGCGAUUAUUCAAUUUGUUCGACAUCAGGGACCAGUCGCUGCGGGUCUUUGGGUUUGCCGGGACUUUAUGUACUACACUCACGGCAUCUACAGCAAUCGUCGUUGUAAUGCCAGUACUUCUCUUGGAUGCCAUGCUAUGGCUAUUAUUGGAUACGGAACCGAUAACGAACGGGACUAUUGGUUAUUGAGAAAUCAAUGGGGUACAAAUUGGGGUCUCAACGGUUAUAUAAAGAUGGCUCGAGGAGUGAACACUUGUCAGAUUGAGACUUGGGGAGUAUCCGCUCCAAUCGUC